AACGAGAUGGCUUCAGAACAGAAAUACGUCCUCAUUACAGGCUGUUCGCCGGGAGGCAUUGGCAAUGCGCUGGCGCGAGAGUUCCACCGCAGAGGGCUUCAUGUCAUUGCUACGGCCCGCAAUCCAGAGGUGCUCAAGGAGCUGGAGUCCUUGGGCAUGAGCGCCGUCCAGCUGGAUGUCACCAACCAAGACAGCCUCAACCGGGCCAAGCACGACGUUGCGCAGAUUACCGGAGGCCGACUGGACGUUCUCGUCAACAAUGCCGGCCGCACCCACACCAUCCCGGCCCUCGACAUCGAAAUCGACGACGUCCGCCAGACGUACGAGACAAACGUCUUUGGCCCCAUGUUCACCGUCCAGGCCUUUGCCGAGCAGCUCAUUGCCGCGCGCGGCCUCGUCGUCAACAUCUCCUCCACCAGCUCCGUCAGCUCCUACAUCUUCGGCUCCGUCUAUGCCUCGUCAAAGGCCGCCAUCAACAGCUGGUCGCGCAUCCUGCGCCUCGAGCUGCAGCCCUUUAAUGUCCGCGUCAUGGUCGCCAUGGCCGGCACCAUCAAGUCGCAAAUCACCAGCCACGGCCACCGCUCGCUGCCGACCACGUCGCUGUACAGGCCCGUCGACGACUACUUCCAGAGGCGCCUGGUGUUUAGCCAGAACAAUGCCACCAUGCCGACUGAGGUCUUUGCAAAGAAGCUGGUGUCUGCUGCACUGAGGGGAGAGGGCUGGUUCGGAGGAUUGAUUGGGGGGACGCCGGACUGGUUCUGGGCGGGAGGACUGUCGACAAAGGUGUGGCUGACGACUUUGGUGCCCAGCAAGUUUGCAGAGUGGACGUUUGGCGUCUUUUUUGGAAUUUCCAAUCUGAAGAAGCGUCUUACCGAGGCACGGUUGAAGCAGGCUUAGACUCUUGGAGAGGGGAGGAUGGUAGUCAACAGCAGACUUCCUGCUGGAGCAGUGGUGGGCUGAUGUUGGCUGCAAGGAUGGUGCUAGGUGCAAAGCAUCUUUUCAUCCAAUUUAUAUCAUGAGUAUUAAUCUGGUAAAACAAUUAGCUAUAUCAAGUCUUUUUCUCAUAAUGAGUGGCGCUUGUCAACCCUGAAA